AUGUCUGACACUGUUUACCCCGAAGUCCUCUGGGCCCAGCGAUCCUCUGUCGCCGACCCCUCCAAGAACUUCAUCUACCUUACCAUCUCUGUCCCUGAUGUGCCCAAGGACAGCCUCACUCUCGACCUUCAGCCCACCAAGCUCACAUUCACCGGCACCUCAUCCACUCUCAAGAAGAAGUACCAUGUCGAGCUCGAAUUCUGGGGCGAGAUCGACCCCGCUGAGAGCAAGAUCAACCACACUGCCAAGAAUGUUGAGAUAAAGCUGCAAAAGAAGGAGCUCAAGGAGGAGUACUGGCCUAGAUUGCUCAAGGACUCCAAGCGCGUCCACUUCCUCAAGACCGACUUCGACAAGUGGGUUGAUGAGGAUGAGCAGAACGAGGCCCCUGAGGACGACUUCUCUCAGUUCGGUGGCAUGGGCGGCAUGCCUGGUAUGGGAGACAUGGGUGGUGACUUUGGCGGUAUCGACUUCUCCAAGUUGGGAGGUGGCGGUGCUGGCUUCCCUGGUGCCGAGGGCGCUGGCGAGGAGCUCGACGAGGAGGAUGACGACGACGACAUGCCUGCCCUCGAGGGCGACGAUAAGAAGGAGGCCGCACCCGCUGCUGCCCCUGCUGCCACCGAGAAGAAGGACUAA